GACCACGACACUUCUCCCUUCCACGUUUCAACAUCAACACGUCCGCUGGAGUUCAACACUCUACGCAUUUCCGUAAAUCCGUCAAAGAAAAGAUAUCUUUGUCGACCAGGAAGAAACGGAGCCAAAACCGCGCCGUCGUGUCCCGAUUGGUUCCCUUGCUCUAUCCCGGCAGUUCUUACAGCACACCACUGCGCCGUGUUCGCAUAGCGUAGCGGCACGUUCGCGCCGUAACCGUCUCGGCAAUAUCAACGGAAUAACCCCUCACCCACUUGCUCCCACGAGCACAUUUCUUCCAUUGAAUUACCCUCGUUCACCAUGGCUGAUGUUGGCGAUUUGAAAGCCGACGGUAGCCAGCUACGAGAACGGCCCUCGGCCAAACCUCUGCAUCUCAACAAUUCAGACGAUGCUAAACAAAAGGUCUUGAAGCUGAAUGAUCAGGAAGACAAGGAUCAUAAAAAUGACGAAAGCAAAAAAAGAACUUAUGGAAGAACUCCGGAUGGUACAGUCUUCAUUGUCCCACAGACGCACGAUAUGGUAUCGCAGCUUCUUUCCCCCUCGCAACCCAAGAACCUGUCCGACAUAGCAGUUCUCGCUGUGCUUGCUAGCCUGAUCUUGACCUUUUAUGCCCUGCCCAAAAGCGCCCGCGUACCCAUAUUCGCUAUCAUUUUCCUGUUCUGGCGCGCCGGCUACAAUGCAGGCAUUGGCUGGUUGCUUGAUGGCCAGUCCAAGCACAAUCGUCUCGUCCUAUGGGCGAAACAAAGCCAUAUCUUCGAAAAGCCUGAAACGGGCAAGAACCCAAACCCAGCCCUAUACAAGCUCCUUAAGCGUGAACUGGAAACCAAGAUUCCAAAGGAUUACAAGUUCGAAGAGGCACCCCUAGAGUACAACACAUGGCUAGUUUUUAGGCGUGUGGUAGACCUGAUCCUCAUGUGUGAUUUUGUGUCAUACUGCCUCUUCGCCCUCGCCUGCUUCAACCGGCCCCAAGAGAGCUGGUUCCUCUGGGCUCUACGAUGGACCACGGGUAUCAUUCUGUUCCUAUUCAAUCUGUGGGUCAAAUUAGACGCCCACAGAGUAGUCAAGGACUUUGCGUGGUAUUGGGGUGACUUCUUCUACCUCAUCGACCAAAGCCUGACAUUCGAUGGCGUCUUCGAGAUGGCACCGCAUCCCAUGUACUCUGUCGGCUAUGCCGGGUACUAUGGAAUUGCCCUUAUGAUGGCCAGUUACAAAGUACUAGCCAUAUCAAUCAUCGCCCACGCAGCCCAAUUUGCCUUUUUGAUCCUCGUAGAGAGCAGGCACAUUGACAAGUUGUACAACCCACCCCCACCCCGCCUAAAAACGUUCCUUUUCGUUAAUGCCUUUGCAUGGCGCCUCUGGUAUACGUUGGGUCUUGGCUACAUUCUGGACCGACAGUCCAAGAAGAAGAACUGGACCAAGCACUUCAUCAAGUACGGCGACACCAAGGAGGAGGCGUGGCGCCAAUGGAAGUCUCUCUACCAUUUGAGCAUGACUAUGAGUCACGCCAGUUUUGUAGCGCUUGCAUGGAAGAUGUACAGUCUACCCCCUGAUGGACUGACUGGCCUCACGCUCUUCCGACACGUUCUGGGCGCUGGUAUGAUUGCCCUCCAGGUUUGGACCGCCAUGAGCAUCUAUGAGUCUCUUGGAGAGUUUGGCUGGUUCUGCGGAGACUUCUUCUUCGACCCACCAUCAAAGUCGCUCACGUAUAACGGCAUAUACCGGUUCCUCAACAACCCCGAGCGAGUGCUUGGACUUGCCGGUGUAUGGGGGAUAGCCAUCAUUACAUGGAGCCCGGCCGUCUUCUAUGUCGCUACAACAGCCCAUAUCCUCAAUCUCGCCUUUCUUCAAUUCGUGGAGAAGCCACAUGUGAUCAAGUUGUACGGCGAGAACCUGCGUGAAAUGUCGGGUGUCAGUAAAACCGUCCGUCAAGCUCUACCAGACCCAGUCCGCCAAUGGCAGUCCGCAGCCGACCAGUACAUCAAUACAACCGUGGAGUCGAUCGAAGCUAUGCUGGAUCGUGCAAGGUCAAAGUUUGCUGGCAGUGUUGAUACAUUCGUCAACGACACAACAAGUCUGUUCAAGUCUUACCCAGCACGUAUUCCCAUCAGCCGUCAUCAUUCAGAAGAUCUGUCUGGCUUGAAUCUGAAGCAAUAUAAGCUAGAGAUUGAAGGCACUACCUUGCCCCCGGCUGUCGAACAACAGAAGAAUGGCGGUCGUGAGGGAGAGCUUGCGAGGACUCCGGCUAUUCGCACAAAUGAUUUCAAGACACUGUGCCUUGAGUAUGGUGCUCCUAUCAGGGUUCGCUGGCAAGCACCUCUCAACCACAGCAAGAAGGACUGGAUAGGUCUGUACAUGGUCACGGACAAUCAAUCACGCAAAGUCACACGCAUCAGCUCUAAUGGGCGAUGGGUAGCAACUAAUCCCGACGCGUUUGACUCGACACGUGCUGAUGACGGCAUCCUGGUUUCCGACAAACUAUUACCUGCCAAUGACAAUGACGAAGAGUCGACCGACUGCUACACUGGUGAAGUGGAGUUCCAUGGUGACAAGCUCUGGUGGACCACGGGUGUGUUCGAAUUCAGAUACCACCAUGGCGGUCGGCACCACGUCAUGGCGCUAUCGCAAGCCUUUGAGAUCCGGAUACCAAAGUUCGACGAGACUGAUGUGGAGGUUGACGACAACGGCACGAUCCAUCGUGCUGUCGAGGAAACCCUACUUCCCAUCAUCCAAAACUGCUUCGACCGCGACCCGGAGAUUGCGCCGUCCACAUCCGAGGAGCCCUUUGGUAGCCUGGUCGAAAGAGAUGGAAAGUUCGCCAGGCGCGUCGUCUUUGCAGUUCAUCAGAUGUUUGGUAUUGAGUUUGCACCCGAAGUAGUUCAGGCCGAUGGUACGGUCAGGAACCUUGCUUGGCGCAUCUGCAAUGCGAAGAAAGUCUUGGCUCCCUACAGCAUGUCUGCUACGCAUGGCAGGAACACGCCUACGAUGGGUUGA